AUGAACGCCGAGCUCCAAUCCUCCGUGUACCUGCUGUUUUUCAGAGGUGAGGGGUUGGAGUACGGGAAGAAGCACAGAGCAGGAGGACUCCCCGCCACCUGCAACCCCGGUCCAGGGCAGGGCCAGCGCCAGAGGUGUGGGGCGGGCACAGGCACAGGUCAGGACAGCCCGGGCGGGGGCGGCGCGGCGACGGGAGGGGGGCGGGGCGGCGCGCCGGGAGACGGGAGGGGGCGGGGCGGCGCGCCGGGAGAGGGCCGGGAAGAGAGAAUUGCUGGGCUCUGGGGACCUGCGGGGGCCGUGCGCAGGCGGCGCCAGUGCACGCGGCCUGGCGGCACAGAGCGCAGUCGCAGCUCUCCGCCCGGCAGACAAGUGAGAGUACGGGCCCCCGGGGGGCCAGAACCUGGCGCGGACGCCUGGAUCUUCGCUGCCGAAGGCGGAGGGCUGAGUCCUUCCGCUGCUUUUCCAGGGCCUGCGCUGCCCGCAGUAUUGUUGGCAUUGCUGAGGAGAGUGACCACAGCUGAAAGCCUGCAGCUCGCCGCGCUGAAUCCUGUACCCAGGAUUAACAGCAGAUCCUCCCUUUGGAUGUCUAGCAGCACUUCUGGUGUCUGUCUACCAGAUGCCAGCAACACCCUUUCCCUAGCUGUGACACCCCAGAGUGUCUCCAGACAUUUUGAGCUGUCCCCGUGGGAGGCGACACUGCCCCCACCUGAGAACCACGGAUGCAAGAAAGUGCUCAUUGUUUAUGCUCACCAAGAACCCAGGUCUAUCAACGGCUCCUUGAAGAAAGUGGCAGUGGAAGAGCUCAGCAGACAGGGCUGCACCAUCACCGUGUCUGAUCUGUACGCCAUGGACUUCGAGCCGCGGGCCACCAGGAAAGAUGUCGUCGGUGCUCUCUCUAAUCCCGAGUUCUUCAACUAUGGGGUGGAAGUAUAUGAAGCCUUUAAGAAGAGGUCUCUGGCCAGUGACAUAACUGAUGAACAGAAAAAGGUUCAGGAAGCUGAUCUAGUGAUAUUUCAGUUCCCGCUGUACUGGUUCGGCAUGCCGGCUAUCCUGAAGGGUUGGAUGGACAGGGUACUGUGUCAGGGCUUUGCCUUUGACAUCCCAGGAUUCUACGAUUCCGGUUUUCUCAAGAAUAAAUUGGCCCUCCUCUCGUUAACCACGGGGAGCACAGCCGAGAUGUACACGAGAACCGGAGUCAGCGGAGAUUUCCGGUACUUCCUGUGGCCCCUCCAGCAUGGGGCACUGCACUUUUGUGGAUUUAAAAUCCUCGCCCCUCAGAUCAGUUUUGCUCCUGAGAUUGCCUCAGAAGAAGAGAGGAAGGCUAUGGUGGCAUCCUGGGCCCAGCGGCUGAAAACCAUCUGGGAGGAAGAGCCCAUCGACUGCACACCUCCUUGGUACUUCGGGCAAUAA